AUGUCCGAUUACAAAAGAGCCAAAAUCCUGAGGACAUCCUCGCAAUCUUCCCUCGACUUUGUGCCCGCUAUCAACGACGACUUGUUGAAGCUCCACCCAUCGUCCAUCGUCAGUGGAAACUCUAAUGAGAAUGGGCUCGUGAACAUUUCCUUGAAGAAGGUGACGGCAGUAAACUUGACCAAAAACUAUAACCACCUCCUAGAGCUUGUCAAUAGCGCCGCGAGUGACACCCGCACGGCCGCGGAGGCCAUCAUAUUGGACGAGCGUCCCGCGCUCCAUUCCCAGCUCGCGGCGGAGUUGCGCGAGGCGGUCGCGUACGAGGCCCUGUCCAUAAAGCAGUUGCAGGCGACUCUUGCGGAAACCAGUGAUACCGAUGCUUUGUUAAAGGAGUUGUCUGGCGAGUUUGAAAUGGACUUUGCGGCGUUAAAGCAAAGAGAUCCAGCUGUGGAUGAGAUCUACGAGAAGUGUGGCCAGUUGGUCUACUUGCAAGAAGCGGCCUAUAGAGAUGUUUCUGGAGAGGUAAAGUUGAAAGUGGUGGUCUCAGAAAAGCCUGCUGACUGGGAUGAGAAGAACAAGGCUAGGUUGGAGAGAUUGCGAGAGGAAAAGCAAACAGCGCUGAUUCAAGUGGCACCUGAGGCAGCCCCUGAAGCCCUGGAGACAGAGCAGACAAAGCCAGAGAUGAUGGAGGUGGAUAUCAGUGAAGUGGCAAUUCCACAAUUGCCAGAGGUGGAAAAAGAGUGA